CACUAUAACAAUUGUUUUUAUUUUAGAAACACCUUGGCAGCUGCAGUGGUUUGACUGUUUUCUUUUUUCUGGACUGAGUGGCUGUUAAUGAAGAGAUGAACACUGCUGAGAAAAUCAUUUCUGUUUGUUUUCUCCUGCAAGGUGUUUGCUGUAGAGAUUUCAGCAUCAGUUUGCCAGAGAAGAUUCAAGCUCUCAGUGGAUCCUGUGUGAUUAUAAAGUGCAGAUUUGACAUUAAUGAAACAUAUGAUAAAGACCUUACUGAGAGAGCUGCUGGAGUCUGGUAUAAAGACAAACAUGAUAAGAGCAGCAGCCCAGUGUUUAAAUCUAAUGCAUCUACCCAGAACUCUUUUAUUAAAGGGAAUGUAACUGGACAAUUAAAAGACAAGGACUGUACCACUGUCUUUUAUGAUGUCAGAUCAAAUCACAUUGGUCAGUAUUUCUUCAAGAUUGAGGGAGAAGGUGUACUGAGAUGGACCUUUGCAAAAAACAGUGUUUCAGUAGAUGUGAUCGAGUCUCCUGUGAAUCCUCGAGUUGUGCUGUAUGUGGAUGAGCAGGAGCUGCAGGAUCAGCAGGAGGUGUUGGAGGGCAGAUCUGUGAGUCUGCGCUGCUCUGCUGAGACUCUCUGCUCUUCUCCUCCAGCAACUCUCACAUGGAGCUCCACUGUCAGAAUCCCCCUCAGUGAGAGCAGCAAACUACAGGAGCUCAUCAUCUCUGAUCUGAACUUCACUGCUGCUCAGCGGCACCACAGAGUCACUUUCACCUGCUCUAUAAGCUACCAGCUGCAGGACAACAACAGAACAGCUCACAGCAGCAUCACAUUACAUGUGCAGUAUGCUCCUCAGAUCUCAAACACCAGCUGUAACAUUGGGAAUAUAACUGUGUGUUUCUGUGAGGUUGAUGGGAAUCCCUCUCCUGUAGUGGAGUGGCAUCUGUCUGGACGUCUCGUCUCAAACUCUUCAAACCCGUUCAUCAGUGAAGAGCGAUUGAGCAAUACAAGCUUGAGGAGCUUCAUCUCUCUACAUCAGUCUCUCUCACACACAAACACUCUGCUGUGUGUCAGUAAAAACACUCGUGGCAAUGCAACUCAACUCUUUCAUCUGGUCUUUGUUACUCAAAAAGAAAGUACAACUCUACUUUUUAUUCUGAUUGGAGCUGCUGCUGGGGCUUUGGUGGUUGUGUGUGCCGUUACAUAUACAUGUGUCCGAUUGUCCACCAAGCUGAAGCCUCAGACUGAGACAGUAGACACGUAUGCUUCUCUUCAGCCCUCUGCUCAAAACUCUGAAUAUGAAACUCUGAACAUUAAGAAAAGAGGAGAUACAAAAUAAGAAAAUGUACAAAAAUGUAAAAACAAUGUUCACUUUGAUU